CCUCCCCAGCCUAAACCACUACAGCCUGAUGAGUGAUGUCCAGUCGGUAGCCAUGCUGUGUAGUGUGUUCAGGACCCAGGGCUGUUCUCAGGUCUGUCUCUGUCCCUCCUCCCCAGCCUAAACCACUACAGCCUGAUGAGUGAUGUCCAGUCGGUAGCCAUGCUGUGUAGUGUGUUCAGGACCCAGGGCUGUUCUCAGGUCUGUCUCUGUCCCCUCCUCCCCAGCCUAAACCACUACAGCCUGAUGAGUGAUGUCCAGUCGGUAGCCAUGCUGUGUAGUGUGUUCAGGACCCAGGGCUGUUCUCAGGACGACUUCUCUCUGUAUGGACACCACCACCCCCCGCGCUCCACCUUCCUCCCCCCUCAUCACUCACGAUACCCCAGUUACACGUCCAGCUCUGUGACGUCAGGCUCCUGUUCCAGCACCUCAGACUCCGUCACCACCUGGAGCGUCGGUCGAGACCCGGAACACGUCCCUCCCUUGGGGGAAUCCUCGCCUGACGACUAUCGCUAUGCCAACCAGGUUUACUCAGACCCCCGCGAGCGAGAGAGGGAACAACACGACAUGAAUAAAAGGCUGCUGGACCCGGCGAACACGCUGCAGUUCGAUGACUUUAAGAAGUGUUACGGGGAGAUCCUCCAUCGCUGGGGUCUGAAGGAAAAGAGAGCAGAGGUCCUCAAGUUCACUUCCUGUCCUCCUGAACCUCACAAAGGCAUCGAGUUUGGUGUGUACUGCUACCAUUGUCGUAGCCAGGCGCGGGGGACUCAGUGUGCUGUGUGUAAGCGGUUCACCUUCCAGUGUGCCAUCUGUCACGUGGCUGUACGAGGCUCCUCUAACUUCUGUCUGAGCUGCGGCCACGGGGGACACACCUCCCACAUGAUGGAGUGGUUCAGAACACAGGACGAAUGUCCAACAGGCUGCGGCUGUCACUGUCUGCUACAGAGCACCUUCUGAGAGAGACACACUGAGACACACAGACCGACGCAGACACACACACACACAACUACACACACACACAGAGCUCUAAAAGCAGGGGGUUUGACAGACAUUUAACCCUACUAAACACAUGUACACACACACACACACACACCAGUCCAUUAGUUGGAUCCUGAACCGCUGUAGGAGAGCCCGGAGGGGUUGCAUGAUGAGAUGUUAAAGGUGGAGUUGGUUAUGAAGGCCUUAAUGCCUUGACUAGAUUUUCCCCCCUCACACUAAACGGCUGAUUGAAUUCCUUGAAGAGGAUGUAGCUUUUGUUUGUCUGAAACUCUUGUCUGUCACUUAAUAUGCAACAGAUGAAACGUAUCCGUGGAUGGCAGACCCAUUCAGAACCACAUCCCAACGCUCAGUGCUAGCUGGGCCGGUACUGGUCCUCUCAUAAACUAAAUAUUGGAGGAAGAAGAUUUCUGUACAGAUCAUGUGCCAUAUUUGUAUAGAAAUAAAUGUUUUAUGUUUAA